GGAUGCUGGAGCGUCUGGCCGAGCGAGGUCUGGAGGCGGCGGAGCGGGAGGAGGCCGCCGAGGAGCUGCUGGCCCGCCUGGACGCGCACACCACAACGGAGUUCCCGCACUUCCCCCGCUACCCCCGCCCGCAGCCGCUCAAGCACCACUCCUCCCUCUCGCCGCGGCUGGAGGAGGCCGCCAAGCGCCUCGCCCUGGACCCGCCGGAGGCCGAAGUCCCUCCUCCGUUCGUGCCCGUCUUCCCAAGCGACGACGAGGAGGCCGACGAGGCCAAGGUCGAGGCCAUCGAGGCCGCGGAGGAGGCGAGGGAGCUGGAGCGGGUGCGCUUGUACCUCCAGGACGAAGUGGCGCACGACCGCCAGGUGCUGGCGAGUACCGGCCUGCUGAAGGCGAUGCCCGACGCCACGCGACAGCGCCGCGUUCAGCGAAGCCAUCGGAGGAAGGAGAAGAAGAAGAAGCGCGACAGCAAGAAGAAGAAGAGAGAAGGUAGGAAAAAGCAGAACAGAAAGCUAGACCAGAAGUUUAGGAAACGCCUGGAGACAGAGGACGUCCCCAUCACGAUGGAGGACGGCGAGCAAUUCUACGACUGCUGUCCGUCCAAGGUGGUCGUGAAGGAGAUCAAGGUGGGCAAGUCGCGAGACAACUACGCCAUGGACAUCUCCGCGUCGCACCAGCUGUUCUACGAGCGCGUGUGCCUGGAGGGCUACGAGGGGCAGGAGUGCGUGUUCCCGCCCCGCACCCUCAGGCGCGGCGUCACCACCCGCUGCCACCAGCAGUACUCGUACACGCAGGCCAUCGCCCGGCCCUACGAGAGCGACGGCGACUACAAGCAGGACUACAUCAAGAUCCGCUCAGGGUGCUCGUGUCAGAUCAGCGUCACGCAGAAGAAGAAGAAAAGGAAGAGGAAGAGAUGAGGGUCACUCGGCGCGGGUGAAAGCACUUGCUUGGCCCCACUAGAAGCCCCCGCCAGAGUCCCAGUGCUGUCGCUCCAGUGCCCCAACAUGUCGGCCUGGCCGUAGACUAUUUCCAAUAGAUAUUUGUUCCGCGCGCCGUCUUUUGGGGGGAAUAGACGAACACUUUGAUCUUACAAGAGACGUGGUUAUACAAGCAAAAGAUAUCAAAUGGUAGUGUUGGUAAAAACUACAAAAGAGACAUACCUUCAUAUACAACAAGUAUUUCAUUGGUCUGCAUUAUAAAAUAAUAAUAUAUGGACUGUAUAUGGUUCUCGCAGCUGCGGUUACAUGGCAGCAACUGUAGCUGCAGACGAACCUUUUUGUAGGAUUUGGCAGGAGUAGGAGUGUUUGUGUCAGUAACAUCCUUCGAGGAGGGAAAGAUGCCCUCUCCCUGAAGGCGCUCCUUGUGAUUAGACGGGGGCCGAAGGAUUUUGCUCUUGAGAGAGAGAGAGAGAGAGAGAGAGAGAGAGAGAGAGAGAGAGAGAGAGAGAGAGAGAGAGAGAGAGAGAGAGAGAGAGAGAGAGAGAGAGA